AUGCCAGCUGCGGACACGCCGACGGCCCAGCCGCCUGCUGCUCCAGCUCUGGAAACACCAACCAAGGAAACAACCCGACACGCUACACCGCCGAGAGGUCAGCCUGUGUUGCUGUCAGCUUAUCAAGGCUCAGCAGGUAUUGUUCUGCAGUGGUCCCUGGCGGAAGCCCGGAACCCGCCCGUCUCAGGGUUUGUUCUCCAGUCCCGCACCGAGCAAGGAGACUGGCUCGAUCUGGAUGAAGACAUCAGUGCCAACACGAGCCAGAUAGUCGUCCCGGGUCUGCAUAAGGACUGCGUAUAUGAGCUGCGGCUGCUAACUCGUCGCGGCGAGCUGCUGAGCGAGCCCAGUCCAUCAGUCAAUGUCUCCACCACGGGUAUGGAGAUGUACCCUUUGACAUCCAGACUGCUGGAGUCUCCUGAACCCAUAUUGGCCGGCAUUCUAGGCGGGGUUGGUUUCAUGUGUUUGGCGCUGGUCUUGCUGUUGGGGUCCGCCUGCCUCAUCAGCCACAGAAGGAAUGUACGUCGCCGGAAGAAGAACGAACCCCCACCUGCCAUCUAUAAGUGCUCCCCAUCAAUAAAGAUUCCAGGCUCCAGCAGUCCAGACAGUGUGUUGAAGAAAAGCCUACUUCCAGCCAGUGUCCCCCGCCCCACCACGUCCUCUACUAUUUCUUCCUUCUCCUCGCAGGCAGAUUGCUUCUCCUUCAACAAUGAGAUUCGCAAUCACAAGCAGCAGUUGUACUCGAACCACACGAGGAGCCUGGAUCGUUUCAAAUGUUCUAAAUCGUCUCGUCCCGUCACUCCUUCGGUUGAGAUGAUCUCAAGAGGUCCGGAUGGCCGCUUUGUCAUGCUUCCGUUCGGCAAGAAAAGUCUGACAUAUAACACACCUGGAUCAUUAUCCUUAGAGCAGCAAGACCGUACAAAUCCACCGUUUGUUCUUUCAGUGGAUCUCCCACCUUUCAAACGAGCUGAAACCAACCCCAGGCAAACCUCUGACGUCGUUGAUCACAAAGGAAUAUAUAACGGCUUUGCCGACCUGAACAGCAUGUGUUCAAACAGUAGUUUGGCCAGUGUUUUUCACAAAAGAGCGCUGUCGCCAACAUUCCCAGUGCUGCCACAUAUCCGCUCAGGCCUCUGCCAGCCUUCGACAACAGCCAGCGCUCUGGUUCUCCAGAUGGAACACGAGCGAGAGAAGGGAAACCUCAGUCGCUGCUUGAAAUUGGCUCAGGAGAGGGAGGAGCUGGCGAGGGAACUGGAGAAAUACUCGCUGUACAGAGGCUCUUAUGGCGAAACGGACACGGGGCAGCCGGAGUCAGAGAAGGGAGAUAACGAUGGUUAUGAGUCUGUUCGGGAAUUUAAGAGCAGCACCUUGCCAUGCAGACACCCUCCAAGAUACAGAGAGAGUUUUGCAAGUCCUUGCUUGUCGUCGUCUGUUCACGGGACCUCUUUCAGUCCUUCCAUUCCUCCAAAUCCGUUUUAUUUAAAUCGUGGUAACCAACAUCCUACUCCUUCCUCAACCGGACAGAUCCCACUCGUAUGUGAGGGAGCAGACCAUUCUUUCAAAGGCGGAUUACCUCCUCCACAUCUCUCUCCAACACAGAGCCAUGAAAGAGUACAGGAAUUACCACAGGGCUAUGAUAAUUUCCUUGCAUCCCCCUUCUUAGAAAUGCCGACACAUGUACCUUCCUCUGAGGCGAGGAGACUAAACAGAGAAGAGGAGGAAGAAUACCCCAUGCCAACUGAGCGGGAUGUAGGUAUUGAGAUGAGUGUGGAUGAGCCAGAGUUCAACGACGCGACCGAGCCUGCACGAGCCAAGCUGCGCCUCGGAAUCGCCUCAUCUCUGCCUCGCAGAGGUCAGUUUGAAGAAAUGAGGAGGAGCACAAGUUUCCAUUACUGCGAUAAAUCCUCAAAGCCAGAGCUACGCAGAGUUGUAAGCCAAGGGUCUAAACCUUGGGACUCCAAGCAACAAAGUUUAGACUCCAGAAGACAACAAGAAACAGAUUUCCUAACCCCUGAUGCGUGGAUAGAAUCUCUAAGCCAAGAAAAACUCUCAGUUGCCCGCCCUCGUCAUCCAGAACCUUUAUGCACAGACCACCAAGGCUCAUAUACCAGCAAAUAUUCUACAAACAUCCAAAGUACCUAUCAUUCACCACCCAAGAGGAGUCCACCGAGGCCUGUACAGAAUCCCAUCCUUCUAGACGACUACAAGACAAGAAGAAAAGCCUCUGUUUUUUCCAAUGUCGCCAAACGGCCAGCUGCCUACCAGGAAGACAUGCAAAAGGCAAUGGGUUACUCAGAGGGCACCAAGGAAUCUUCCAGAUGUUUCGAGUCAGAGAAUAAUCCAGAAACCCAGGAAUUGGAGGCAGACGUCUACGAGGGCGUUCCUGAGGACGAGAGCAGCUACAGUAGUUUUGCAAGCAGCGGCCGAGGGAGCAUGGAGCCUGCUAAUGGACGCUCGUCACUGUGUCGUUUGUCAACGAACCUCACCAGCUCACCUGAAACUGCGCGGGAAGAGGGUCAGGCGGGGGCUGUCGACAAAUACAGUCUCCAAAUGGAACAUCGCCAAAGCAGAAAGGCCUCGGUUGAUGAGAACUACGAAUGGGACGAAGCAGAAAGCUGCUCACAAGCAACAGACAAUGAUGGCCUUCUCCCUUCAUUGAGUCGACACAAGAGCGACGCGCUUUGUCGCCGUCCCCGCAUGCACUUUCCACCCAACACGCCGGGAAACUUCCGUCAGCACUCUUUCCUCCCGGGGCGUCCAAGCAGCUGCUCGGCCGAGCUCCGACCUGACACUGUGCUUUUCUGACUGCGUUCCACUCGCUGACUUGCAGCACAAACACGUGAGCUUUUUGACCUUUUUUUUUCAUCACUAAAUUGGACUUUGCAUGUUUUUUCUUCAUGUUGACUAUAUACUGCUUAGGCAGUCUGUGGAGAGAAAUAAAACUAUUCUAUUGUGUUGGUUGGAAUGUAUAAUUGUGACAAAACACAGCACUAUUUUGACUUAUAGAGCACUGGCAACGCUCCAAAAGCUAUGAAAUUGCUCUCACUAUUUGUUCUCUAAUGCAAGGCCAUUAAUUAUCGUCAUUGAUUGCUUUUUUUUUUUCUUUCAUUUUCAUAUGAAGUACAAGAAAAGCAGUCGUUACCUUGAGUUGCCAGGUGAUUAUUCUUACAGUCAUGAAUAAUUGAAACACACAAUACAAAACAAUGUCUUUCAAAAUUCCUUCCCCAUUUAUUUUUAAUUUUUCUUCAUUUAAUGCUUGUAUUUUUGGACUUCUAUUGUUUUUUUUGAAUGACCUAUUGAAUUAUUACACAAAAUACAUCAUCUAUUUUUUAACAACAAACAAAUGUAUUUUGUUUUUAUUAUAAU